AUGACUUUUGGAAAAAUAAGUUUACCAUUUGUAACUCUCGUUAUCAUCGAUCUCCGAUAUGUGAUGGGAAUAUUUGUAUCAAAUCAUUGGCUGGAGGAUGUAACCGGCGUUGAUAAGUUGUACAGCUCAUCUAUACUGACAACAACUGAGUUAUCACUGGCAGUUUGCAUUGCUUCCUGUUCAAAUGUAACCAAGUUACUUACAUAUAAUGACAGUUCAGGAGAAUGCAGCUGCCUCAACUGCAAGACCAUUGCAUCAACAAAACCUGGAAAUCGUCUAUGGAAUAGAGAGCUUGGUGGUUUUGUCUAUAAUGCACAACUAGGAUGGUAUACCAGACUGUUCCUAACUAUAAAGAAAACGCAUUCUGAAGCAGAAGCGUUUUGCGGUUGUCUAGGAGGGAGACUGCUCGUUCUAGACUCAAGUGAGAAAUUUGACUACAUUGCAGGACUUAUGGAUUUACAAGGAAUACCCAUUCAUGUUGGGGCAACGGACGAGGCUACCGAGGGGAUAUUCCUGUGGAGUACUGGCACCGCCAUUACAGAAAACUGGAAGCGCGGUGAACCGAAUGAUGGUAAAGGAGCAGAAGACUGUGCUGUUUUAAAAAAACCGGAGUUAUCGUGA